AUUGAUUUGAAUUUGCUAUGAUGCAGACAACAUCAGCAUUUUCCUUGUCAUCUGGAGUGGAAUCAUGGAACGCACUGGUUUUUGAGAUCGUGAUGACCUUUGGUUUGGUUUACACCGUUUAUGCCACAGCUGUUGACCCAAAGAAGGGUAACGUUGGGAUCAUUGCACCCAUGGCAAUUGGUUUCAUUGUGGGUGCCAACAUCUUGGCUGGUGGUGCAUUUGAUGGUGCAUCCAUGAACCCUGCAGUCUCCUUCGGACCAGCUGUGGUCAGCUGGACAUGGGACAACCACUGGGUCUACUGGCUCGGUCCAUUCAUUGGCUCUGCCAUUGCAGCCGUUGUCUAUGAAAUCAUCUUCAUCACCCCAAACACACAUGAGCAGCUUCCCACGGCAGAAUUUUAAGAAUCCUGGUCUUU